GGGCCACAGUUCUCCAAAAGCAUGGAGAGGGCUAUUUUAAUGCCCCCAGUAGGGCUAUUUUAAAGGCCAGGAACCCGUACAAAUCCCACUGGAACUGUAGAAAUCAGUCUGAGUGUCCUUGCAUAACUGCAAGAGUAGCAGAGUGCUGAGAAUCAAGCAGGAUUGUGCCCAUACCUCAGUUCACAAAAAUGUGCCAGAUUAAUAGGCAUAAUCACGACCAACAUUGAGUAAGAGGCAAGAACGACUAAUCAGAUGCUAACUUAGCUGAUGCUGGCAUUACUGAAAGCCUAGGGGCAUAGUCCAAGGAUAAAAACAUAACUUCUUAUCUAACCAAGGAGUCAUUUGUGCACCACUAGUUACAGCAUGUUCUUAAAAAAGGAAAGAAGGAAAAAAAUAUCUAUUGCACAUGAAAUUAUUUUAUGCCCCACAAAUGAUAAGAAAAUAAAGCUAAAUGUUCCUGCAUCCAAUCUUUAUAGGGGAAAAGCCCAUCUACAGUUAACACGUUGCAAAGUCUACUUGCCAUAUGUACCCAGGAUGCAGACAAAUCCUGGCAGCCUGCAUGUAGCGCUGGGAUUGUGUAGAUGAAAUCAAAAUGAGUGUAUCUAAGAUAUUUCAAAAUCCAGUUUGGGGAUAUUUCUUGCUAUUUGGAGUUUGCUAGGAUACACGGGGCCGCCCUACUCCUCAGUUCAGUGAGAGUUCAGGCAGUCUGGCAACACAUCUCUCCUUUUGGCCAAGGCUCUUUUUCUGGCAACACAUCUCUCUAUUUCUCAAGACUUAUUUCCUCCAGAUUCAACAGGAUGUUGAACUGGAUCUCACAGAACAGCUCAUGGAAAGGAAAGGAUCUCUGACACACAACAACGUCACUGGAGAGGGAACGUUAAUGUCAAGGUGUGAUCCGAUGAGCAUCGCUGCAUCUGGUGUCUCUUGGCAGUGCCACAGGCUCUAAGUGCCGGCCUACCUUAAACCUUUAGCCAGCUAUGUCACUGACUCAUUUUCUUCUCCCGCUUCAAGUGACAUCACUCGCUCUUUCUCCAAGGGCCGGUAGCCGAGAAAGAGGAAACCUUGGCCGUGAUUGACAGCAGGGCCUUUUUCGCCUCUUCCCUUGCUGUUCACAAGUAAUAAUGAAGCUUUGUCAGUCCAUCAUGGACAUGGAUAUGCCCGAUUACGUCGACUCCUUGGAUUCCUCUUACACCAUGCUGGAAUUUGAAAACCUGCGGGUGCUUCCGAAUAACACUGAGGCCAUCGCGGCUGAGUCAACCAACACCAACCUGCUCACCAACGGCAUCGGCUCCCUCUGCUCCAUUUGUGGGGAUCGGGCGACUGGCAAACACUACGGGGCGUCCAGCUGCGACGGGUGCAAGGGCUUCUUCAGGAGGAGCGUCCGCAAGAACCACGUCUAUUCCUGCAGGUUCAGCCGACAAUGCGUGAUAGACAAAGACAAGAGGAACCAGUGCCGAUACUGCAGGCUGAAGAAAUGCUUCAGGGCCGGCAUGAAGAAAGAAGCUGUGCAGAAUGAGCGUGACAGGAUCAGCAUUCGCAGAAGCAGCUACGAGGACAACGGCUCGCUGUCCAUCAGCGUGCUCACUCAGGCUGAAGCCAUGGCCCAGCAGUACUCAUCGCUGAGCCCAGUGCACAGCACGGAUAUUGCCAUGAAGAAGGUUGCGACAAUCAACGACGUGUGCGAGUCCAUGAAGCAGCAGCUUCUGGUGCUGGUGGAGUGGGCGAAGUACAUCCCCGCGUUCUGCGAGCUGCCGCUUGACGACCAGGUUGCCUUGCUCAGAGCCCAUGCAGGCGAACACCUGCUCCUUGGGGUAGCUAAGCGGUCGAUACCAUACACUGAUUUCCUAUUAUUAGGGAACGACUUCAUCAUCCCAAUGCACUGCCCAGAACUGGAGAUUGCUCGUGUGGCCACCAGAAUCUUGGACGAAUUGGUGAAGCCCUUGAGAGACAUCCAGAUAGACGACAACGAGUAUGCUUGCCUUAAAGCCAUCAUCUUCUUUGAUCCAGACUGCAAAGGCCUGAGUGAGCCCGGGAAGGUGAAGAACAUGCGAUUCCAGGUCCAAGUCAACCUGGAGGACUACAUCAACGAUCGCCAGUAUGACUCACGAGGCCGGUUCAGCGACAUCCUCCUCCUCCUGCCACCGCUUCAGAGCAUCACCUGGCAGAUGAUAGAGCAGGUCCAGUUCGUGAAGCUCUUCGGUGUGGCACGGAUUGACAGCUUGCUGCAGGAAAUGCUGCUGGGAGGAACUACCAUCGAUCUCCAGUACCAGUCAGGACCUCCCAACCUCACCCUGGACCCUCUGCCAGGACACGUUCUCCCAAGCAGCAUGAGUUCUGUGAUUCACACCGCUCCAGACCCAUCUCCUGAAGCAUCCCUCCCAUCUCCCUCUACAAGCACAGGCAGCGAAGACUAUAAACUAGGCCCUAGCGCAGGCCCCGCCGCUGUAGCGCAGCUCUUGCCGCAGACAGUUAUACCAAAGCAGGAAAUUUUAUAGGCUGAGGUGGAAGGAGAAGCUGGGAGCUGUACGGAAACCUUGCUGAAAAUGAAACGGGCCCUUUCUUUUUGCAGAGGCAAAGCACAGCAAUUCCCUGCUUGUAACCGGAUCGGUCGGUCAGACUCUUUCCCGUCCGUGAGUAACGCGUCGGGCACCGGUCGGCAGAACGACGGCACCGCGCCGCCGGCCUUCCCGCGCUACCGCCCGCCUUUCACGAGUGAUUGGGGUUAAUAUGCUUUUCAGGAGGACCAAGACUGUAAGCGCUUCGCAGCAGGGCGUUUGAUUGCAUUUGUUAUCACCUAGCACCAUGUGAUCACCACUUUUUUUUAAAACCUUCAGCCACUACUGUCAUAAAAACAAAUGCCUUUUAUAGCUCCUGUUAAUUGUUAAUGAGUACAACAUAUCUUGAAUUGUCAGUAUGAGAAGUCUAUUCCCAUUAAAAGUUGAAUUACACUCCCAUUUCUCCUGCUGUAGUUUAAAGAACAUGAUCUUCAUAACCCUUAGCAGGCCAAGCCUUUCUUAUUCCAAGCAGACAUGACUUAAUCUACAUAAACCAGCCAGCAGUCAGUGCUGCUGAAUUAUGAUUUGCAGACCUAGUUUAAUUUAGACACAGGUAUGAUCAGAAACACCAAGGUCUCAAUAUUUCUUAUUUUCCAUAAUUUAGUACUGAAAUCCCUUCUGUUGCAGUUGAUAAACAGCCAGGAAUGGAUAACAGCAUUCUUAAUUCUCAUCUGAAAUUUGGCUUGGUGACCUAUACGUAGAAGGUGGGACCUGCUUGUAGCAGCUAGAAUUCACCCAUUGGGUCAAGUUAGCUGCAAUCUCUACCGUCUUGUGCGCAAGUCUAACAAACCAGUAUGAGACAACACCUAGGACCUCUACAUCAGGCCACUGUUGGUAAGUCUGAUUGAUAAAGCCCACAACGGUAGUAAGCUCGAAAAGCUGCUGACUUACCGAAUCACCUCUUUGUACCUUAGGUGAACUUUUACUGUAACUAUAUAUGGAAAAAGCAGCAGGCCUAAAGAAAGCGCUACAAAACUUUUCCCAGUGCACAGAUAUGAUUUUGCUGUAGCUUUAAAUAUCUUUUUAAUGUCUGCUACCUAAAUUUCACAAGUCUGAAUUAGCCAAAAAAAAGAGGCAAGCUGCCUGUAGGUGAGCUAUGUGUUUUCAAAAAUGUUUGCAGUUUAUAAUACAAGGUGUUUCUGCCUUAAUGUAAAUCUCAAUCAGCAGUAGGUGACCGUUAACCAAGCUACAGCUAUGUACAAUGAACUCAAAAAUGGCUAUAUAACCUCAAACAUUCAUAAGAGCUGCUACAAAGGUUACGUUCGUGUCUGGAAAAGCAGGUCGGAUGACCUCUGUUCGAAAGCUUGAGGCGUUACGGACGGCCUUGUCCUGAGCAGUCCGACACGCAGCAGAGCUCUCAAUCUGCCACGUUGUGCAGAUCAGCUCAGGUGCAUUCCCCUUCGUGGCAAAAACGAGAAGGCAAUCCCCAGCUAUGAUUUAGGCUUAUUCCACUAAUACUUGUAAAGCACUUUGAGAUCCUCUGAUAGACGACACCAUGGAAAUGCAAUUAUCUUCCUGACCGAAAGGGGAGUCUGAAGAGCAUCCGAACCUUCAUCAAAUGGGGAACACUUUGUGCUUGUGUUAUCUUUCAUGGGUUAGGGAGGCAUUUUAGACUUGUCACUCUACAACACAGAGGCUUGAAAAUCAUUAAAGACUGGAUACGCAAGGGCUGAAUUUCACCUAGGAGCACAGUGUUUUAUUUUUCUACUGUCUAUGAUGAAUUUGAUCUGAUAUUAUAUGCCGGUAGCUUUGAUUUAAACAGGUAUUUCUGGAAAACAGGUUCAAUGCAAACAGUCCUGCUGUAUGAAAGACGCAUCUGUACUUGUGUAACAUUGCUUCCAGUUCCUCCAUCAUGUCGAUUAAAUUAAUUUUCUAGACAUUAAAUGUAAAUUUAUACUUUUUAAUGAUAAUAAAAAUUUACAGGGGAAAUAAAUUCCAUAUGGUCCACCUUUCUCAAAUGGA